AUGUUUCGUGCUGCUAUUCGAAGCGGCCUUUUAGCCCCGAAGAAGGAGGUUUUUCAGCGUAGCAAGCCACAUCUUAUCAUUGGUACAAUUGGUCAUGUCGAUCACGGUAAGACAACGCUUACGUCUGCCAUUACGACAGUUCUGGCGAAGAAUGGGAAAGCAAAGGCACUUGACUACUUUUCCAUUGACAAAUCCCCAGAAGAAAAGAGCCGUAAGAUCACGAUCAACGCAACUCACGUGGAGUACGAGUCUGAAAAACGUCACUACGGACACAUAGACUGUCCAGGUCACAUGGACUUUGUCAAGAACAUGAUCACCGGUGCCGCACAAAUGGAUGGUGGAAUUCUUGUUGUAGCAGCUAACGAUGGAUGCAUGCCGCAAACGCGAGAACAUUUGCUGAUUUGUUCGCAGAUUGGCCUUCCUGCUCUUGUUUGCUUCAUCAACAAGUGUGACAUGAUGCAUGGGCAGGAGGACAUGAUUGAGCUUGUGGAGAUGGAGGUGCGUGAGCUUCUUGAAAAGUACAAGUUUCCUGCGGAGGAGACACCAUUUGUGCGGGGCUCUGCGGUGAAGGCAUUGGAGGGUGAUCCUGAAAAUGAGGCCCGCAUUCUUGAGCUUGUAAAUAAGUGCGAUGAAUGGAUUCCUGACCCGCCGCGUGCCACUGACAAACCUUUCCUUAUGGCUAUUGAACAUGUCUACGAGAUUGGAAAGGAUAAAAAGUCUGUUAUUGUGACUGGACGUGUGGACCAAGGUUUGAUGAAGGUCGGUGCAGACGCCGAACUUUCCGGCUUCAGCGCAAAGAAAAUGACCGUGAAGAUUGCUGGUAUAGAAAUGUACCAUAAAACACUGGAUGAGUGUAUGCCCGGCGACUCUGUGGGUGCGAGCAUCGUCGGUGCCGGGGAUACAGUGAACCUCUCCAAGGACAACGUGGAACGCGGCAUGGUUCUCUCCGCACCAGGAGCCACCACCUUGUUUAACAAGGUUCGUGCGCAGGUUUACGUGCUGACAAAAGAAGAAGGUGGCCGUCACACGGCCUUUAGUCCCCACUAUCGCCCGCAGCUCUUUUUCCACUGCGCGGAUGUCACGGCAGAUAUCAACUUCCCGGAAAGCGAGAAGCUUGCGGGUGAGCUAAACAAAAAGUACGGCCGUGACGCGGAGGAACAAAAGAAGAAAGAGGCUGAACUCAGGGAGUUUGAAAAGACGCUUGUCUGCAUGCCUGGUGAUAAUCGUGAGCUUGUGCUCACCCUUGCCUAUCCAAUGCCGAUGGAAAAGGGACUUAAGUUCACCAUCCGCGAGGGGAAGAUCACAGUCGGCUGGGGUGCCGUGACGGAGUGCCUAGCACUUGAUCCUAAAGUGAGCAUUGAGGGUGUCAAGCAGACGAAGGCAGUGACGGGCAAGGGAAAGAAGAAGUAA